AUGGUCAAACGGAAAGAAACCCGCCUUCGAAUUCGGUUUCUUGACAGGAGGCCAACUAAAAACGGCAAUUCCCAUGGCUCUUUCUUCUCUUUAAAAAGAAGCCCUUCGACAUCAUUCAAUCAACGCCAUUCUUCCCAUUCUCUAUUCUGUAAACAUCAAACGCUCACGAACAUGUCUUGCUACAAGGGAAAGUAUGCUGAUGAACUUAUUGCCAAUGCUACCUACAUUGGUACACCUGGAAAGGGUAUUCUAGCUGCUGAUGAGUCAACCGGGACAAUAGGAAAACGUCUUGCCAGCAUCAAUACUGAGAAUAAUGAGGCAAACCGAAGAGCUCUUCGUGAGCUUCUUUUCUGCACUCCUGGUGCUCUCCAAUACAUCAGUGGCAUUAUUCUCUUUGAGGAAACUCUUUACCAAAAGACUGCUGCAGGAAAGCUCUUUGUUGAUGUGAUGAAGGAAGCCAAAGUCCUACCCGGAAUCAAAGUCGACAAGGGCACAGUCGAGCUAGCCGGGACCAACGGCGAGACCACCACCACUGGUCUCGACGGUCUAGGCCAACGGUGCGCCGAGUAUUACAAAGCCGGCGCCCGUUUCGCCAAAUGGCGAGCUGUGCUGAAAAUUGGCCAGAAUGAGCCAUCACAGCUCGCCAUCAAUGAGAAUGCAUACGGGCUAGCCCGAUAUGCAAUCAUCUGUCAAGAAAAUGGUCUUGUCCCAAUCGUGGAGCCCGAAAUCCUGGUCGACGGGCCCCACGAUAUUAACAAAUGCGCGGACAUAACAGAACGCGUCCUUGCGGCAUGCUACAAAGCCCUAAAUGACAAUAAAGUCCUUCUAGAAGGUACUCUUUUGAAACCCAACAUGGUCACACCCGGGUCGGACGCCAAAAAGGUUUCACCCGAGGUGGUGGCGGAGUACACGGUUCGAGCCCUGCAACGAACCAUGCCGCCAGCGGUCCCAGCCGUGGUGUUUUUGUCGGGUGGUCAGAGUGAGGAGGAGGCUACGAUUAACCUUAAUGCUAUGAAUAAGUAUGAUGCAAAGAAGCCAUGGAGUUUGACUUUUUCGUUUGGACGUGCCCUACAACAGAGUACACUUAAGGCUUGGGGUGGAAAAGAAGAGAAUGUUAAGAAGGCUCAGGAGGCGUUUUUGGCUAGGUGCAAGGCUAAUUCUGAGGCGACACUUGGGAAAUAUCAGGGUGGUGGAGCCUUGAGUGAGGGCGCUUCGGAGAGCCUUCAUGUCAAGGACUACAAGUAUUAA